GAUACAUCAUUCACAAGUCUACAGUAUCAACUCAUACCGAUGUCCAACACGCGGCUCCCUCCCCAAUAUCCACACCAGCCCUAUCAAACCAUAGGCAACCAAUUCAAUAACAGCGGUAGUGGUCCGCAAAACAACAGCACUGGCUCGGGGGAUCAGCAUAACUACAAUGCACCUGGUCAGAACAUCAACCAUGGCGAGGGUGACCAAAAUAUCAAUAGCGGACAAGGAUAUUUCUAUGCCCGACCUGGUCCCGUGCAGGAUCAAGGUCGCCACCAUAUCCAGACACAUCCGUAUAAGUGAACCGCAAAGGUUACCUCGUUAAAGUUCGUUGACUGGGCCGAGUCUUCAUACCAUGACUUUAGGUUCACGUUGGCGCCUGCACAGUACUUGUUUCGUAUUAUUUAAUGUCCAGUUCAGUUUAGGUUCUAUCUAUGUAUACAGGGCAGUGGAGUCUUGAAUCAGAUUCUUUCCGGAGAC